CCCCCGCAUAGUGAGCGUUGUAAAUGCUAGCCAGCUGGAUCUUUCUCUUCCUUGCAAUAUCUUAUAAUGAGGUGUACUUACUAGUGAGGGUCCAAGUGUGUUAAAUUCUUUCAUUAUGUUUUUUGUUUUUUUUAUUAUGCGGACGGACCUCAAUUUUAAGAUACACCCUCAGGGUUUAAAAACGUACCUUAUAAUGAGGGGUUUGUUAAAUAGAGGAGUUUUGGCUUAACCGGCUUCCCCUACCACCGGACCUCAAUUUUAAGAUAUACCCUUAGGGUACCUUAUAAUGAGGUGUUUGUUAAAUAGAAGGGUUUUGGUUAACCGGCUUCCCCUACCUUUGUUUAGACGUCUUCCCCCACUUAAAACAAAACCUUCGUAUCUUACACGGAGAGGUUGCGAGGUGUCCUACCUAAAAACGGUCGAGACAGGGAAUAUCGAACGAGCCCGGUCUCGACCGUUCUUAGGUCGGACACCUCGCAACCUCUCCGUGUUAAACUGAGGUUUUUUUAAAAAUAAAUUUUUGGGUGUAUUUUGUAUUAGGUCCGUCUGUGUAUAUUUAUAUAAAAUUUAUUCGGAUUUCAAAUAUAAUAAUAAAAUGUUUUUAUGAUUUUUUUGGAUGUUGUUGAUUUUUUGGUUUUGGGACCAAAUGUCUUCUUAAAAAAAUUUAAUUAAAAAAAAUUAAUUUUUAGCUUUAAUUUUUAAAUAAAAUGAGUGAAUGGGACAGAUUGGUGGAAAAACUUCGGCAUCCAGAGAAUCCAGUGGUUUUCUUUGAUGUUGCUGCUGGUGGAGCUCCUAUAGGUAGAAUAGUAAUGGAACUUUUUGCCGAUGUUUGUCCAAAGACUGCAGAAAAUUUUAGACAAUUUUGCGCAAAGACGGUGUUCCUGUUGGAUUUCAUGAUACAAGGAGGCGAUUUUGUUAACGGUGAUGGAACAGGGAUGACUUCAAUUUAUGGACCCAAAUUUGCUGACGAAAAUUUUGAUUUAAAACAUGGAGAGCCUGGAAUACUUUCUAUGGCAAACGCUGGUCCAGACACUAACGGCUGCCAAUUUUUCAUUACUUGUAAUAAAUGCGAUUUUUUGGAUGGAAAACAUGUUGUUUUUGGUCGUGUACUUGAUGGUCUUCUGACUGUUCGGAAAAUUGAAAAUGUCCCAAUAGUACAAAAUAGCAAACCUAAAUUGCCUAUUGUUAUUGAAUUGUGUGGGGAACUUUAAAUAAAAAUUUUUUCAUUUUUUUAAAUUUAUUUAUAAAAUUUUGUUUGAAAAAUAAAUUUAUUUUUUUAUUAAUUUUUGGUUUAUUCCAAUUUAUUAUUUUUAAAUUUUGUUUUUAAUUUUAUUUUUUUAAUUAAAAAUUUUAAAUUUUUAUUGAAAAAAUGGACAUUUCACCUAUAGGUCAGGAAGAGAAUAUUGAUUUGGUACAAAAUGAAGAAGAGAAUAAUCUUCUUGUAGGCUCGUCAUCUUUAAAUAAUGGAAAUGAGAUGGUUGGAGAAGGUUUUUUUUAAAUUUAUUGAGAAGUUUUAAAUUACUAAAAUUGGGGGUGGGGGUUUGGCUACGCCAGAGUUCCUGUUUUUCAAAUUCGUUUUGUCUGAUC